UGCUGUGUAAUCGCAGCUAACUUUCCUACUAUAACCUUCCGCUAAAAGGCGUAGUCCUUUAGAUCUCCUUUAUUUUGAAGAGGACACAUUAACUGUUGACCAACGAUUUAACAUAUGCGGCGGUUACAUCAAUUUAAGUCGUUAUAACUUAUAGUUGUUCUUUUCCGAGGAGCAAAUAGGUUGUCUCUAUAUAGGCGUUUGAAAUUGGACACCGCUGGCUUUGAGGCCCUCUUUUUAUGCGGAAGGAUACGUUGUUGCUUCUGACAAUGUGGACGGAGGUGGUUAAGAUGUCUUCUAGAAGAAUGAAAUCAUCUCAAUUGUAACAACAAAAAGGAAGACGUGAGAUUAAUAACUAGAUAUUGUUUGGAUGCAGACUGGUUACAUUGUACUAAUGACGUGGACAGUGUAACGAAGCAAGGUUCAGGAGUAAUAAGGAAGACCUACAGCGAUCCAAUGCGUUUCACGCGCUGAGGUUGAAAUUCUCUUGAAGUUUUAUGUUUUUUCCCCCUGCGAGAGACAGCCUUUCUUUUUACUGUUGGAUGCCAGACAUUUGAAGAUUAAAGGGUUGUUAGAGACUGAGGGGCAUGAACGAGCAGCAGCAGCAGAGAAUGACUGCAGUGGGAACACAAGACAAGGAACUCAACGACCUCCUGGAUUUCAGUGCGAUGUUUGCACCACCUGUGGCUAAUGGGAAGAACAGACCGACGACACUCGCUAGCAGUCAGUUUGGCGGAUCAGCUCUGGAUGAGCGCAGUGGCUCUGGAUCCUGGGGCCCCGGAGAACAAAACAGCCCCCCCUUCAACCAGGGAAGGGGAUACGGAGAUGGCUCCCACUACAAUGAGCAUGAGGGCCUGUCAUCCCCCUUCCUCAGCUCAGGAAUCGGAGGUAAAAAUGAGAGGAUACCAUACUCUUCCUUUGGUGGCCAGCCUGGCUUCCUACCCAGUGACAUCGCCAUGCCCAGUCCAGAUGCCAUGUCCCCCUCUGGGCUAAAGUCUGCCUCUCAGUUCUACCCCGGAUCGUACCCCAACAACCCCAGGAGGAGGCCUCCCGAUGGCCAGCUAGACACCCAACCGAAGAAGAUUCGCAAACCCCCUGGCCUGCCGUCCUCAGUGUAUGCCUCUACCUCUGGGGAUGAGUAUGCCCGUGACAACGGAGGAUAUCCUGGCACCAAACCUGGCUCUGUCUACCCAGGCUCUUUCUACAUGCAAGGUAACUACUUGCAAGAGGGCCUCCAUCCCUCCUCUGACCCCUGGGCCUCCUCAGGACCUCUGGGUCAGUCUGGCUACUCUGCCAUGCUGGAGAACUCCCCCCACAUUGGCCAGCCAGGCUCCUUCUCUGCCAUCAACCCACAGGACAGGAUGGUGAGGACAGCCCCUCAAUAUAAGCGUCAACCCCUACCUCUGUCCCCACAGAACUACCCUCUCCAUGGCAGUGAGGUGAACGGCAGCCUCCCGCCCGGCUUCCACUCUGGGAGCUACAACCACACACCCUCCAUUAACGGAGCAGACGGCAUCAUGGCCAACAGAGGCGCCACUGCAGGGAGCUCAGGGGAUGAGAUUGGGAAGGCUCUUGCAUCGAUCUACCCUUCGGACCACAACAGUAACAACUUCUCCUCCACACCCUCCACCCCAGUGAGCUCUCCCCAGGGAAUUGCAGGAGCUGCAUCUCAAUGGCCAAGACCUUCAGGACAGUCUGCCCUUUCACCCAACUACGACGGGCAACUGCAUGCCCUGCAGAACAAAAUGGAGGACCGUCUGGAGGAGGCCAUCCACGUGCUGCGUAGCCACGCUGUCCAGGGCCCGCCCGGCCUGGGGGGAGGAGCCCACUCUGACAUGCACAGCCUGCUGAGCGCUGUGUCGUCUGCACACAACGGUGGCCUGGGAGGCCUCUCUCAGGCCUUCUCCAACGCUGGCCUGGCCCUCAGUAACAGACACCCUGCCAUGGGAGGGAACCAUCACGAGGAGCCCACAGGUCUUCCUCCCAGCAGUACCCUGCUGCACGGUCACCACGCCUCCGGACCCCCUCAGUCCUCUGGACAACCCGAGGGCUUCACCAGUCUGCCAGGAAGCGUGGCCCGCUCCACACACUCGUCCAGCGGCUCGGACAUCAAGAGAGAGGACAAGGAGGACGACGAGAACUCCUCCAUCGCUGACAAGUCUGAGGACGAGAAGAAGGAAACCAAACGCAUCAGAGCAAGAAAGGAGGCGUUGACCCUCCAGAUCUUCUCUGGUCUCUCAGGCCUGUCAGACCCGGGAGAUGAUCCAGAGGAUGAGGAUGACGAGGACCUUCCUCCUGAGGUAAAGGUAGAGCGUGAGAAAGAGCGGCGAGUGGCCAACAACGCCCGUGAGCGGCUGCGAGUGCGAGACAUCAACGAGGCUUUCAAGGAGCUGGGCCGCAUGUGCCAGCUGCACCUCAGCAACGACAAACCUCAGACCAAACUGCUCAUCCUGCAUCAAGCCGUCAACGUCAUUCUCAACCUGGAGCAGCAAGUCCGAGAACGCAACCUGAACCCUAAAGCAGCGUGUCUGAAGCGGCGGGAGGAGGAGAAGGUGUCUGGGGUAGUGGGGGACUCCCCCAUGCAGCUCUCAGGAGGCCACCCCGGCAUGGGGGGAGACGGCCAUAACCCAGUCAGUCAUAUGUAAUACCAGAUCUGGUGGAAUUCCCUUGGCUCUCGGAAGAUGUGGCCUUAAUCUCUUCUUCCACCCAUUCUUCUCAGUGUGUGUGUGUGUGUGUGUGUACGUAUACUGAUGUGUCUGUGUAUUGUCAAAUUCAGUUUCAAGACGCACAUUCACACACCCUUAUCCACACAUGCAUACUGCCAAAACUGACACAGCCAAUUUGCCGCACUCAUGACCAUGAAUACCAGCGCAAAUGUGAAGAACUGUAUUUUUUUUUUUUUAUACAUAUAUUUUUUUGCUUCCAUUACAUGAUGGAACACCAGAGUAAUAGUGUCCUGCCACGAAUGGGACUUAACACACUGCCGAGAUUUGCUCUGUGGAAGACAGAAGCCUAACAAAUGACAAAUUUAAUCAAGGAUUUGUGCCUAAUUGUUACAUGUUUUAUAUGAGACGUUUAAGCAAACUGCUUACAUUUGCGGAACAUUUUGUUUAGGGGUUGCUUAUAUGUAUGAGCAAAAAAAUUGUACGUGUAGUUUUGUCAUUCCUAACUUAAUGGUACAGUCUUACAUAUGUUAUGUAACCAAACCCAUGCAAUAGAGAGGGAACGUGACCUGCAUCGGGGGGCAGAGUUGCAGUCCCCACCCCAGCUCUGUGGGCCCUGGGCCCAGCAUGAGAUGAGGCAUGGAAAGGGAGAAGGGAGAGGAACCUCAGCUGCCCAGUUGUCAUGUUCUCAGAGUUGUAGAAAAUAAUUACCGAAGGCUGAAUGGUAUUUCAGACUCCAGUAUUGUUCCCCUCAGUGUAGGUUAUUUGGGAGACGCCGGUUUAGCUGGCCAGGGGUAGAGAAGGCAAAGUGCAGUUUUACAGCACAGAAAUAAGAGUAGGUUUUAUCCUGCAUCUCACCCCCACCCAUAGGCUACAAUUGACUCCAUCAGAAACUACAGAAAAAGCUUGUGGCGCUAACCAGCCACUCUGUCACAUUUUCUCAUGAGACUGCAGGCUUGGUUUGAUGGGCAACUUAUGGCCAUAUUGUGUAGUGCCACCCUCUGAGUUUCAGAUCAAUUGACCCUUUACAUAGGUGUGUGUGUAUACACACACCACCUAUGCCCCCUAAGGACACCAAACUAAAUGUGCUGCUUCGCCCCCUGCAUUGUCAUUGUUAAAAGACUAACACUAGGCGCAAAUUUGCAGAUGCAUGAUCAACCAUUGAUGCCCAUAAUUAAAUAUCAUCUUAAUACUUGUUAUAAGUUAAGUUGUCUAUUCUUAAAAUUGAAGCUUUGAGCAUUCCCAAUGAACUAUCAAGCCCUCACCCUUCUGCUGUGAAGUCCUGACUAUAUUAUUAAAAUGUCUACUUAAAGAGGCAAAAUCUAAUUUGUAAAUCCACCUCAUGCAUACAACGAUCCAAGGAUAUUUCAAGUGGAGCAAAAUGAAAUAUAUAUAAAUAUAUAUUUUUUGUUAGUCUAUACAUUGUAGAUUUUUAAAUAAAUGACUAUUAGUUUGAAGUUUAGAGUGUAUCGUAGUUGAGCAGAAUGAAGAGAUAUUAAAUGUAUUUUCAAAAUGAACUCCAAUUGGACAGUCAAAGUUAAACAUAAACACAGGCUCAGAAAUAUAAACAAAGACAGAGAUGGUCAGUUGUAGGCUUAAUUAUCAUUAUGUAUUUAGUGGCUGUCAGUCUUUGGUGCAUCCCUUUUUGAUGAGAUUGCUACAUUUAAUAAGGGUAUAAAGAUAUUGUUCCUGUGUAAAAAAAAAAAUACUAAAAAAAAAACAUUUGUAAGGAAGUGUGUUUGUCUGUUACCCAGAUGAAUUAUUUCUUUUCAAAUGGGAAUGUGUGGAUGGAGUUUAUGCCACUGACUGUCCUAUUGAAGUGUUCUUACUGAAUGGUCGUGUCGCUUCACAAGUAAACAUCUACGGAGACAGGCUCUGUCUCGAACAGUAAUUAUGCAACUGGUUUUGAAUGUACCAUUCAAAUGUGGAUUGCCUUCAUUUUCAAGUAUGUAUCCAGGUUUUGUCAGUCGUUUCAAUGUUAUUAUUUUAUCUUCAUUUCAAACGUUCCGUUCUACUCUCGGCACUCAUCCAUGUGGUCAUCAAUGUGCAGCUACAGUGUCCUGACAUGUUAUUUUGGAGGCAGGAGUUUGUGUUUGUGUAAGAUACAGGAUGGUCUAAAAAUAUAACAGUGUUAAUUCCUGUGAUAAGUGAUUUAUCAUGGCCUCAGACAUUGUAUAGCAGCACCAUCAUUAACCACAGGGGCAGAAAUGUGCAUUGUUACCUGUUGGUCAUUGUAUUGAGAAGGAUUUAAGUUUACUUUGUAGAAAAAGAGGGGAAAAGAAAAAUGCAGCUUCAAAUCAAUAGUGUGGCCUUUUCAUUCUCAAGACUAAAGAUGUCAUUAUUGGAGAGUGAUGCCUUAUCAGUGCCUGAACUUGUAUUUUCAUUAACUAUAAAGACAGUUUUCUCUCUUUAACCGUAACAUUUCAUGUAUCGCCAAGAGUAGAGGUACAUCGGAUGCCC